CUUUUUCUGUUUACAGAUGUGAGCCCUCACCUGGUGUACAAGAAUGGUACUCUGUGGCCUCAGGAUGUACCUUUCCCCCCUGAAAUGGACACCAAAGAGCCUCCAACUGAGAAUGGUGGCUCUCCCUUUGAUAGUGAACAUAAUGCGCAAACUCCAGACCACCAGAGACAGGCAAAUGGAUGCUUUUCGCCUGAAUCAAACCUUCAGUAUCCUGCCUAUUUUAAGGAUGCUAAGGGUAUGAACCAUGCAGUGUUUGGACCUGGAAGUAAUUUUGCCCUUCAGUAUCUUAAACAAGGCAAAGGUUUACCUGACGUUAUUCAACAUGGUCGAAGCGCUGGUAUGCCAUUGUAUGUACGGUGCCCCAUCUGUCAGAAGGAAUUCAAGCAAAAAUCAACCCUUCUUCAACAUGGCUGUAUUCAUAUUGAAUCUCGUCCCUAUCCCUGUCCUGAGUGUGGAAAGAGGUUCCGCCAACAAUCACAUCUUACACAGCACCUGCGUAUACAUACUAACGAGAAACCUUAUGGUUGUGGGUAUUGUGGGAGGAAUUUCAGGCAGAGGACUAUUUUGAAUCAGCAUUUAAGGAUUCAUACUGGAGAAAAACCAUACAAGUGUGCACAAUGUGGAAAGGACUUUAGACAGAAAGCCAUUUUAGACCAACAUACUCGCACCCACCAAGGUGAGCGCCCAUAUUGCUGUCCAAUGCCUAACUGUAGAAGAAGAUUUGCCACUGAGCCAGAGGUCAAAAAGCAUAUUGAUAACCAUAUGAACCCACAUGCCAAUAAGGGCAGGAGACCAAAUAACAAUACUGAAACAAAGCAUUUGCUGGGUAGAAGUGUUCCUCCCACAGCUGUUGUAAAACCAGAACUGUAUUUUCCCCAGUGCUAUGUUCCAGCUUUUGGGCACCCUAACAAUGCCUUUGUAAAUAAUGGAGGACAACCUCAGAACGGUGAUUUCAAACCAAUUCCUACUCACCCAUUUGCUCAGAACCCAAGUCAGAGCCAGACGGAACAUAAUGGAGAUUUUAAAAAUGUUCAAACUGGAGCAGUUCCUGUGACAAUUGUACCUGCUCACCAAUUCCCAUCCUCUAACAGUGGUAACCCUGUUCAGGCUCAUAGCAAUGGGGAGUUUCCUAAGCCAACGCCAGUCCAGUGACUUGCCAUGUUGCCUGUGAUAUGAUCUGAGCUCUGACUCCUCCGUCCCUGUUCCUCAACCAGCUAUGACUGCAUCACUUAAUUAAGUCCAUGGCCUAUGUGGAUAUUUGUUGUGAUGUGUUUUUCCCCGUGAUCUCCAUGAAGAUUAGAGGUAAAGUGUAAAUGAUUAAUUGACUCUUUUGUGAUUUUAAAGAACAAAUAUUAUAAUGUGGUAAUUUAAUUGUGUGAAAGCAAAGUUGUGUGAAUGUGAUCCAGAAAGUGAAUAGGAAAAUUACAGUAAUUUUGAAAAUGUUACAUACAGUUAUUUAGGCCUAAGUAUUAUUGAGUCAAGUGAAAUUUAGCUAAUGAUAAGUGAACACAGUUGGCUACAUUUGGAAUGAAGAAGAGUAGUGGAAAAGUUUUCCUUGAGUUGGAAGUCAUUUUUAUGGACUGGUUUCAAAUUUUAUAGUGGAUCUUUGAUUGCCCUGUUUCAUUCCUUCAUUUUAUUCCCUCUUGUUAAUAGCUACAGAGUAGUCGCUGCUGAGUAACUUAAGUUCAAGCUUAAAUGAGAGAAACCUUGCAGCUCUUAUUGAUCUCUUGACCUCUCGCAUCUUUCAAUUAAUUACAGUAAA